AUGUAAGAAGGCAAAAAGUCGAAAUAAUUCUUUGGGAAGGACAUCAUGAAUCUUCUAAAAUUAAUGGUUCCUGAGAAAAGAUUUUGUAUAAUAGGAAUGAGUGUAGUCGGCUUGAAUAGUGCAUUACUUCUCUAUUUGCCUUAAGUGACAACUGAUAUAGCAAAAUUGCAAGAAUUAAAGUAUGAUCAAGAAAACAAAGAAAAAAGUAAAUAGACCAAUUUAUAUUAUCAUAUAAAAUGGGGAGGUGUAUGUCUGCUUGGGAUGUUUUUAGGCGGGGCUCGUAGAUUCUUAAAUACAUAAAUAAGCAAUAGAGUAGGAAUGCGAAUGAGAUAUUCCAUGUUUUAGAAAUUAAUGAGUACUAGAGAAACUCAAUAGUUACACUCACAAUAAUUAGUUCAUAAAUUAUCAAAUGAUGUAAGUCUGGUGUCAACUGGAUUAUCAUAAGACAUCUUUGUAAUGAUUAGAGGAUUCAUUACAACAAUAGGAGGAGCAGCCUAUUUAUCAUAUUAUGCAUUUCCUUUGUUGGCAUCUGCAAGUGCUGCUGCAGCUGUAAUGGGUGGAUCAGCAGUUUUAUUAGGAAAAUAUAUGUCAUAAUUUAAAGUCAAGGAAACAUAAGAAUUAGGGUCUCUAAGUGAGGUAUCACAAGAAAUGCUACAAGCGCAUAGAUUAAUCAAAUUGUCUGACAUGGAAUAGAAAGAAAAUUAAAGAUAUUCUGCAUAAUUAUUUAGAUGGUAUGAAUAAGCAACCUAAUUUUCUAAAAUGUAAGCAUUAAAUAUGGGAUUGAUGGAAGGAGGAGGCUUGUAUGCACUGAUUUUGAUCUUAUUCUAAGGCUGCUAUCUAGUUGCCACUGGACAUUUAGAUCCAGAGUUAGCCAAAUAUUUUAUCUAAGCAGUUUAUAUGGCAUCAGGAACUAGAGCAAUGAUAGCUAUAUAUAAUGAAUUGGUUAAGACUGCUGCUAUUUAUAAAACUAUACUUGAUAUACAUCCAAAUCUUCAUGAAUCUGAAUUGUAUAAUCAACCAGAUCUAACAAAGAAUUAUAGAGAAUAUAUCAGAUUAGAUGAUAUUUUAAAGGCUAGAUUGCUUAAUCCACCUUAAAGUGCUGAAAAUACUAAAGAAUGGUAAGAAUUAUAUGAACAUUCGACAAUUCCACCACCAAGUAUUUCAUUUAAAAAUGUUCAGUAUUCUUAUCCAAAUCAUGAAAACUCUACAUUAACAUUCAAUUUGAAAAUCAACUCAGGUGAGAUUGUACUAUUAUAAGGACCAAGUGGAUCAGGCAAAACUACUGCCUUGAAUUUAUUGACGAAAUUGUUAACUCCAUCAUCAGGUGAAAUAUUAAUUGAUGGAGAAUCUCUAUCAAAGAAAGAUUUUAAGUGGAUACAAUAACACGUUUCUUAUGUUCAAUAAGAUGGAAUCAUAUUUAAUGCUACUGUCUAUGAGAAUAUCAUUUAUGGCAAUCAUGGGUAUGAUCAGAGCAUGGAAAGGGUUAUUUUGGCAGCUAAAUUAGCAAGAGCACAUGACUUCAUUGAGAAUAUGCAAAACAAAUAUUAGACUAAAUUAAAAUCUGAUGGAACCACUUCCUUAUCAGGAGGAUAGAAAUAAAGAAUUGUAUUAGCAAGAGCAAUUUUAAAGAAUCCAAGAAUUCUCAUUCUAGAUGAAGCAACAUCUAAUAUUGAUAGUCUAUCUGAAACAGAUAUCAUUUAAGCUUUAAUGUAGAUUUGCUAAGACAAAACAGUCAUUAUUCGUUUCGCACAAAGUUGAAAAUUAUAAACCAUUAUUAACAAGAGUAAUUAAUUU